UAAUAUUUCUAAACUUCAUCCCAGGUUAGCCUUUUUUUAUCAGGAAGGAAGAAUGAGAAAGCACUUUGCAUGUACUCACCACACUCAGGUCUGUAAAACUUUCAUCCACAGCAGAAAGCUGGCCAUCUUUGGAAUUAUUUUUCUUCAGUUCUUGUAAAUAGAAAUAAUUUUUUCUCCCAGAUUUAAAUGAAAGCUACAGUGAUGUGUAAACUAUUACAGAAAAGGAAAGGAUUAUGAAACAAAGCAAACUCAAUAAAUUUUUUUUUAAAUUUUUGCAUACUGAGUAUAAAAAGAAGGAAAAAGGGGCUUAAAACUCUUUAACAACCCAGAUUUCUAAAAGGGAGAGUUGCUCUUUGAAGUUUAUUAUUUUAGGGUUCCUCUGGAAUACUGAUGGGAUUGACUUUCCUAGUACAGAUUCCCUUCAGCAUAUUAUUUUACAUUUACAGAAAAUUGAGUACUGGUAGCUGUAAGAUCUGGGAUAGAUCACCUAACCUUGUUAAGCCUCUUCAGUAUGUAAACAAGUGAAAGAACUGAGAUCAAAAGGAUUUUCUUAUGCCUCUUUCUACUGUGACAGUCUAAGGUUUAUAAAAUUAUGUAAGCAGGUAAAUAUAGCCCUCUAGUGGUUGUGUUACAUGCUUGCAGUGUUAACUUUGGUGCAUCUAGUAUUUCUCUCAAGUUUUUAUGGAUUUUUAAGAAAUACAUUUCUCACCUUUUCUUAACUGUUACAUGGCAUAAAAAAAGCAUCGAAAAGAACGCAUUAAUGACAAUUUGUUCUAAUAAGUAAUAUUUGUACGUGUUAGAUUAUAACCCACUUUUGAGGUUAUAACAAUACAGUCCAUAAUAUGGAAACUGCCUUGUACUUCACAGGGUCAGUGAAUCCAGAUACUUUUUCUUAUAUGUACUGUGAUUAUCAUCAGAUAAUAUUGAUUACUUAUGUGCAUAUCAAAGGGUUGGGUAAAAUGAGAUGGAGGAUGGUGAGUAAAUCAUGGUAUAUCCAUGCUAUGAAAUAUAUGACUGUUAGUAAGUUAGACCUAUGUUUAUUGACCUGGAAUUUGCAAUAUGAUAUUAGGGGAAAACAAAUUGCCAGAUGAUUAUGUAUAUCUGUAUAUCCCCAUUUUUCUUUAAUAGAAAAAGGAUGGGACUCAAACCUUUGUAUGACUGUUUGGGUAAACAAAGGAAAGCAUAAGAAAGGAUAUACACCAAACAAUAUUGAUAGCUUUAGGGGAGUGAGAUUUGGAAGGAAAGGGAGAGAUUACUUCUUUACUUACCUAUUUAAAUUGUUAAGGUAAAAAACAAAGGGAACUGACAAGUGGAAAAAUUUGAAAGGGGCAGUAGAAAUGAAGACCUUAAUAUAAAUAGUUUCAGAGACUUGCCCUUAAUUUUAGAACUAAUUUCCAGCAGAAAUCAGUUGAGUCAAGUCAGCUCCUGUACUGAUUUUCUGAGUUUGUUUAUUGUUUAAGUGGAAUGUGUGUGCUUGAUAAUCUCCUUAGAUAUCAGAUUGAUGCCCAAAUUGGUUAAAGUGUAUGGCGCUUUGUAUUUCUCUUUAUUUUGCUAAUAAGCUUUUCCCUUGCUCUGGGAAUUAAAAUCUUUUCCUUUUUAGCCCAAUUAAUUCUGCUAAGGGAAGCCUCUAUGAAAAGCCCCUUCUUUGAGGUCUCUUAAGUGGAAUUGAUUGGUCCUGGAAAUUCUCUCAGUGGCUUUUAAAAUAUUUCAUAAUUAUCGAAGACUUAUUAUGAAGGCUGUCUCCGUAUCUUCCUUCCAGAAUGCUAAGGAAUAAUAUAGGUAACAGUUCAUAUGAAGAUGGCUCGGUCUUUUCACAGACUGAGCACAAUAUUGUUGCAACUUACUUGAUUAUGGCAGGAAUAAUAAGUAUUCUCAGCAACAUAGUAGUUCUGGGUAUCUUCAUUAAGUACAAGGAACUUCGGACGCCCACAAACACAGUCAUUAUCAACCUGGCUGUUACUGAUAUAGGGGUCAGUAGCAUUGGCUAUCCCAUGUCUGCUGCUUCAGAUCUGUAUGGAAGUUGGAAAUUUGGAUAUGCAGGAUGUCAGAUUUAUGCUGGAUUGAAUAUCUUUUUUGGAAUGGCAAGUAUUGGAUUACUCACUGUUGUGGCUGUGGACCGAUACUUGACCAUCUGCCAUCCUGAUGUAGGAAGAAGAAUGACCAUCAAUACUUACAUCAGCAUGAUCUUGGGGGCCUGGAUCAAUGGCUUGUUUUGGGCUUUGCUGCCUGUCACAGGGUGGGCUAGUUAUGCUCCAGAUCCUACUGGUGCCACCUGUACCAUAAACUGGCGGAAAAAUGAUGCAUCUUUUGUUUCUUACACAAUGACAGUUGUUGUGAUAAAUUUUGUUGUGCCCGUGGCAGUGAUGUUUUACUGCUAUUACCACGUCACUCGAUCUAUUAAACGUCGUAAUUCUAGUAAUUGCUCUGAGUAUCUCAACAGAGACUGGUCAGAUCAGGUAGAUGUAACAAAGAUGUCUGUGAUAAUGAUAUUAAUGUUUCUGUUGGCUUGGUCCCCUUAUUCCAUUGUGUGUUUAUGGGCUUCUUUUGGUGACCCAAAGAAGAUUCCACCCUCAAUGGCCAUCAUUGCUCCACUGUUUGCAAAAUCUUCUACCUUCUACAAUCCCUGCAUUUAUGUGGUUGCUAAUAAAAAAUUCCGGACGACAAUGUUUGCCAUGUUAAAAUGUCAGACUCACCAAGCAGUGCCAGUGACGAGUAUUUUACCAAUGAAUGUAUCUGAAAACCCAUUGGCUUCUGGAAGAAUCUGAAAUAAGAGAAAAGCACAUGCUGUCAAAACAUUUUACUUUUGCUUUUUUUUGCAAUACCUUAAUUUUAUUUUAAAUAUUAGCCCAUUUAGAUCAAAUGUAGACAUAGAUUAAUGUCCUAAUGGGACAUUUCUCGGGUGCAGCACAUAGUUCUGUCUGUGCAGUAGCUUCUGUAGUGCCUUUAAAAAUUUUUUUCCUUAUAUGUGAACUUAGGCUUAUGUCCUCUGAUGGAUCUAGGUACAUGAGAUUAAGGUCCAUCCUCAGUUCUCCCUAUCAUAGUGCACAUUACCCCAUAUUGAUAGCAUGGUCACUUGCCUAGAUCCUCCAUUAGAGUAGAAGCAGCUGAUAUCUUAAUGUUAAAGUAAAUUGAUAAUAAUUAACAGUCCUCAAUAAAUAAUUACUGAAACAGUUGUUGGAUAUUCCCAGUUAGAAUAGAAAACAUUUUUAGCAUUUUAAAAUUAAAAAAUUUUAAUGCAAUUAUCUUACGAUAUUUAACAAAAGUAAUUGAAUGAACAUUAAACACUAUUGCUUCUAAGUCACUUAAUGUCAGUCAAUGAACAUAUAUAUAUUUAUGUAUCAGUAUAGCCUCUUUGCAUAUUAGUAUGUCUUCUGCAUUUUUCAAUUACCAUUUUUCUGUGUAUGUACAUACAUUUGCCACUAGAAGUAAGCUCUAUAAAAGUGGGUUUUUUUUUUCUCUGUUGUGUUCUUUGAUGUUUCCUCAGCACCUAGACCCAUUUUGCCUGGCAUAUAGUAGGCACUCAAUAAAUAUUUGUUUAAUAUUAUUAAAUGUUGAAUGAAUUUGUAGACUGCACAUAAUGGCCAUUUUAAAGACCAUUAAGCAUAGCAUGUUAAUAUAACAUUGUUUAAAUUGUCCAUUAUUACUGAGCAUUAAAUUGCUUCCAAUUUUUAACUUCAUGGAUGCACCACUGAGAACAUUUUUUGGAGUGGUGGAUUAUUCAAUUUGAGUUUGUCCUCAGUCUGGAAUUAUUCGAUAAAAAUAAAGUAUUAUUGUUGCUAGCUUGCUCUCUGGAAAGACUGACUUUAAUUUAUUUAUAGUGUUACUGGCAGUAUAUUUUCUCCCCUGUAUUUCUGCUAAUAGUAUGCUUUACCAUUAACUUUUAAACCAUGAAACCAUGAGUUAUAGUAACUUAAAAUCAUUUUGACAUUUCUCUAACUGCUAGUGUGACUGUGUGUCUUAUUUUAAUUCUUUUUUUUCUUUAUUAAAGAAGUUGUGGGUUAACAGA